AUGAGUGGAAGGGGAGUAGGAACUCACGUUGUAAAGGCUUUCACACAAACGACGUCGUUAACGACCAAACUACACAAUCCCGGCAAACUGGAACCAUACGCGAGUCCUCCGCUCUCCCCCGAAGCGCAUUGGUCUCUUGACCUCGAUCCAGGGCGCAGGGUCUCGUGGGACCGACUGCGUGGUAUGGAUGGCGAUAGCCGACGCAUGAAGCAGCAUGAUCCCUCCAGUUUCACAACCAGCUCGGGGCAGACACGUCGAGGGGUCCCCAGUUCAUCCCGCGGUGCUGCGGAUCGUUUUCGACAGCAUGGCCAACCUUUAGCACGUGGAAACCAUCCAGGAUUGUCGCAAGCAGCGACAAGAUCUCGACUGUCGGCCUACAUGGACUAUGGAUACACAGACACUGCGUUUCAGGGUGAUUCCUUGCACGGGGACGAAUUACAACCGUAUCCUACGACGCUGCGCGAACAGCAGCGCCAGCAGUCGAUACAGCAACCCUUCGCCGCGUAUGAAUCGGAGAUGGUAUAUAAUCUCGGUCAGCAAGGUCCGACACAAAAUCCGUACGAGGUCGUGCCACAGUACCCAGCACGGCAGUCUGCAGCGAUUGACGCCCUGUCCAGCCAAUUUGCCGUUCCACAGUACUUUCCAACUAAUGAGCCGAUGGCAACAGGGGUCCCUGCAGAGGUUUCGCCCUACCUGAACCCGCAACUCUCUUCAUCUGCUUAUAACCAGCCCGGUCCCAUUGGGCGCUCGAGCGCAAUGCAGCCCUUUCCCGCAACCAUGGCCGAGUUUACCCCUGUGGGGACAACGGCGAGACGUUUGGAGCAACAAGAAACGUCUCAGCAGCAGCAACAUCAUUCACAGCAACAACAGCAGCAACAGCAGCAACAGCAGCAGCAUGUAAUUCCGGAUUCGACAAAUUUGAAUGAAGAAUAUGGUCGGUUUCAACGAGCCUUGCGGUCGACGUUCGAUCACAUUCGCGCCGGUCGAUUGGUAGAGGCUGGGCGAUCACUCUUGGAAAUUUCCGAGUGGCUUGUCACUAAUGCGCGGGAACUCGGCAUUUUAAGCGACGAUCCGAUGUUCUAUUCUGAUCGAUUACAAUUAUGGAAUGACUUCAACAUCUGCUGGUUGGCUGUCUGCCAAAGACAGAAAGAUAUGACACUGGAGAUGUUGCGGGCCGGCCAUCAGCCGUCGAACACCUCAAUGCUCAGUAGCGAUCGUUUGGACGAGAUGGGCAGAGAACUGAUUCAGCUAUGCGAUCAGAUGGAGCAGCAUGGACUGGUGGACUAUCAGAUGGGCAUUUGGGAGGAGGAGAUACUCUGUGGUAAGAACCCUACAUUAGUCGAGAAAUCCUUUCAAGAAAUUUGGCACAGCUGUCUGAUUCGGCGACUCGUCGCAUAG